UUUGGCUGGCAAGUGCCUCCGGUGUAACAGGCUGAUCAUUAUGGGGGAUCCAGGACGCCGAGACGGGGUGGACCCUGACCGACCGAAGAGCUCUGCGAGGCGGUUUAUACCGGGAUAAUAACAUUUAAUGUGUGUCCGUUAAUAAACACUGUGUGAGCCGCAGAGGAGGCGGCGUUUUCUGGGAUUCAAUCAGAGCCAGAGUCGUGGUUGGUAGGUUAACGAGGGGAGAGGGGACGUGAGGAAACUGGGGAAAGAAGCAGUUUACAAUCUCAACUGGAUCCAGCUCGGAAUUGCGAGAAUAAUGGAUGAAUUAUCGAUUACAAGGCGGCCCGGUCAGCCCAACCCAAGCGGAGCAGGGUGGGUUCACCCAGAGUGAAAUCACUCGGCUCUUAUCUGUUGGCUUCUCCUCUGCCGGGCGGCGAUGUCCGCUUUCUGGCUGGACCUGCAGACGUCUGCCGCGGUUUCAGCACCACUGGAACUGGACAGCGACGGCAUGGAGCCCAGGGACAGUCCCUCCGCUCAGGAGCCGGGCGGCUUCCAGGGUCACUCGCUGCGGCACGCCGGCUCCGGAGGCCUUGGCAUGGCCUUGGAGGAGGAACUGGCCAUGCUUACCGGGGAGCGAGGAGACGAGGGGGAGCUGUCGGACCUAGAGGUGCCUGCGGUGGGGCACAACGCGGACUUGCUGUCGCUGUUCCGCCAAAAGGAGAAAGACUUGGUUUUAGCUGCUAAACUCGGCAAAGCUCUGCUGGAGAGAAACCAAGACUUGACCAAGCAAUAUGAGAAAAUGCACAAAGAUCUGAACGAGAAAUUAGAGCACUUGGAGCAAGAGAAGCAUGAGCUGCGGCGACGUCUGGAAAGUCGAGAGGGGGAGUGGGAGGGCCGCGUGGCCGAGCUGGAGACCGACGUCCAGCAGCUGCAGGGUGAGCUGGAGCGCCACCAGGUGCAGCUGAGGGAGGCUGACAGGGACAAGACCAAGGCCAUCAGCGAGCUCUCUGAACAGAACCAUAGACUGCUAGAGCAACUCAGUAGGGCUGCAGAGGUGGAGAGGCAGCUGUCCACUCAGGUCCAUUCAUUACGGGAUGACUUCAGGGAGAAGAGCAUGUCCACAAGCCAGCAUAUGACACGACUAGAGACUCUACAGGCUGAGCAAGGGCUAGAAAUUAAGAUGCUGUCGGAGAGGAAGAUGGAGCUGGAGCGGCGGGUACAUGCCAUGCUCGAGGAGAACGAGCUGCUGCAGAACACAGUGGACGACCUCCGAGAGAGGACGUUGGUGCUGGAGAAGCAGUGUCACGAGAAGGACCUUCAGUUGAGACAGAGUCAGCUGGAGCUCCAGGACGUCCAGGUGUCCCACAGGCAGCUGUCUGCUAGGUUGGAGGAGAUAACGGAGGAACACAGCCUCCAUAGUCUGACCCCACACCCAUCCAGCCUGCUGUGUGAGAUAGAGCAGAGUAUGGAGCAGGAGGAGCAGGAGCAAGAGAGAGAGCAGCUGCGUCUUCAGCUCUGGGAGGCCUACUGCGAGGUUCGCUCGCUCUGCUCUCACCUCAGAGGAAACGAUGUCACAGACUCAGCGCUGUCCACCGACUCUUCCAUGGACGAGUCUUCGGAGACGUCCUCAGCCAAGGAUGUGCCUACAGGUAGCCUCCACACCGGCCUACUCGAGCUACGGAGGCUAACACAGAAUCUGCUGGAUGGCAACGAGUCUACGGGCUCGCGGCGCAGCGAUGAGGAGGCUCUGGAGGAGCAGGUGAGGAGACUGGGAGAAGAGCUGAGGGAGGUCAGAGAGCUGUAUGAAGCUGAACAGGACAAGGCCAGCAGCAGUAAAGAGGAGCUGCUACAGCUACACAGCCAGAUGGCGCUGCUCUCCGUGGAGAUGUGCUCUCUCCGGGAGGAGAACGAGCGAAUGAGAGCGAUGUCAGAAGUCCGAGAACCCAACGAGCAGCUCCAGAGCGCCAUCAGAGACAGAGACGACGCCAUAGCCAAGAAGAAAGCUGUGGAAAUGGAGCUGGCCAAAUGUAAAAUAGAUAUCAUGUCUCUGAACAGCCAGCUGCUGGACGCCAUCCAGCAGAAGCUCAACCUGUCGCAGCAGCUGGAGGCUUGGCAGGACGAUAUGCACAGAGUGAUUGACCAGCAGCUGAUGGACAAGCACCAGGACGAGUGGCGCUCGGCCUCUACCUCCCUGUCAGGCUCAUCGAGGGCCCACGGGAGUCAGUCCUCAAGGCGAGCGCAACGCAUCUCGGAUCGAGACAAGAGACUUUUCUCUUUUUUCAAAAAGAACUGAGCCCUAUUGGACUGAUCCUGAGCACAGCGGACAGACAGACAGACAAGGUGAGGGAGAAGGAGGGAGCAACAUCACAACAUGGGGGUAACAACACAGCCAAAGACAGGCAGUGACACACACUGAGGUUUGGGGAGGAGGGGGGCGGGCAUCAUUUUGCACUUUAUCUGUCCCAUUACUCUUCUUCUUUGUGAUUAGUCGGUGACUGCUGAUGAGUAUAAGAAUAGGACUUCCCCAGAGGCUUUGGCUUCCGCCCCGCUCACAGAAAGAUAUUGGUCUUACACAACAUGAACAGGGUCACAAAGUUUACCUCCAGAGAGGAAGGUUUUCCUUGUAGUGCCUACAACCAUCUCUACUAUCCCACUGCCAACUGUGUAGAGAAUGAAUCCUAUGUGCAAACUGCUACUGUAUGCAUCCCAAUUAUCAGGCCAAGGAUUCUGGGGAAAGACGCACAGAUACAUGGGACGUUGCGUUCAUGGGACAAUAUGAAACAUGAAAGGAGAAGGAGGAUAACUGUGGUCCUGGUACGGGGUAAUGAUGCUGCAGUCAAGCCAUGUGAUCUCUCAGGUUUAUUCAUUUGGUCAGAGGAACAUGAGGACUAGAGCGGAUUGUACAGCUGACCAAGCACGUGAUAAAAAGACAAACAUAAAAACAUUUUAACAUGGUCAGUGUUUAAUUUGUCACCCCCACGUCAAACUACUUUGAGUAUUGCACUUUCAUGACAUUUGGGGACUCAGAAAAUAUAUAUUAAAGCUGCACUAAUCUUUAUUUUUAUAUAAACUAUGGAUCAAAUAACUAUGUUUAUCCUGAGAGGAGUCACUUAUAGUUAAAACCCACAGAGAAUUAUCACCAAGCUAUGCAGUUCUACUGAGCCCCACUGGAUCCUUCAUUUCCCACAAUGCAACCAAUGUGCUUUUAUUACACACAUAUAUAUUUUUCUGUCAUAAAUUUAAAGUUUUCUAGCUCAGGUUUAGUCAAUCCUAAUGACAUAGGCAGUAUUAUUGUAUAUUGUAUUUUACUAAAAUAAAAUAGGGUUAAGCUUGAGCUUGACAAUAGAAUCUUUAAAUUAAAUAAAUGUAUAAAAAAAACAGCACUUUUUAUUUAGUCCUGAACUCCAAGAGGCCUUCGUGUUCAUCUCCGACAUCUGAAUAAACCUUUGGGUGGCUAACGUUACUGACGCUGUCUGUCGAUGCGUUGUUAUUUUCUAUAUAUCAUGGAAAAUAUUUGUUUUUUUUGCUUUUUUUGUGAGGGAAAAAGGCACAGUCCAGAAUCAUCCUCAUGAUGUCAAUCAUCUUCCUAGUCGACCAAAUUUUCAAAAUGUUUACAUCAGCUUGAGAAGGAGUCAGAACUAUUUACAGUACCCCUAAGCUCGUCAUUCACAGCGCUAAAGCAUGUCAGUGUAUAGAACCUAAACUUCCUCCGCAGUGGUUAACAUCUGCUGCUUCGCGUUGCCACUACUCACCACGAAUAGAAAAAGGUCUACCUCCAUUCUCACUGCUUCGAUACUUCACGGGCACUUUGAUUUAUGAGCUGCCGGGCUUCCAUUUUAGGCGACAUCUCUGUGACACCAUCAGUAAAGCGGUUAUGUGCUGACCUGAAAAUCUCUGAGCACGAACGACUUUCAGUGUGGCACAGCGAUGUCUCACGUCUGUCUGUGUGUGAACUCACGUCUAAUGCAGCUGUGCAAACCUAUGCAGAUGUCUUCGUGUCAUCUCAGCUGGUUGUUGGGAAGGAUCAACCCAAAGAAUGAUUUUUAUAAAAAGUCGAACAGGUUUGGAUGAAAUUGAUAUAUUUAUAAUGAAAAAAUGCAUAACUUUUGAAUGAAAAUCUUUUUGUAGAAAGAAAUUUGCCUGUACAAUGUUCUAAUGAUAUUUUUUAGGCUCUGUUUGUUUUUUUUCAUGUGCGUCCUAACAGUGAGCAGGGAUUGGGGAGUUGGACAUUAACACUUAUAUGUAUGUAUGUAUGUUCCUGUAUGUUCUGGUGUGGCACGUGGUAGCUGGUGAGAGAUAUUCAUGAGUGCGUCUAAGUUCACAUUAAUGGUUCACACUGUACUGGAAAGACCACAAGAAGCCUCAUGAAUGUUAUUAAUCCAACAGGGUCCCAAAAUUCACCACGCAGUUCAGUCCAGCCACCAAUACUUGGACCACUUUCUGAUAAGUCACCUUUAAUAAAUGGUUUAUCAAAUGUAAUUAAUUGUGCUGCCGUCAAAUGGACAAAAUGCUUCCUGUUAAAGUAAUAAAGUUACCGACUGUAGGAUUUAAAGGACCACUGCUAGGCACCUGUUGGCAUCUAGAAGCCACCAAGGCUGACAGUCAUCCAGCUAACAACCAGGAAACUCAAUGUGGGAAAUGUACAGGCAUUAAGAAACGAUAAGACACAUCUAUAAACCUAAAUUGCAACACAUUACACAUCUGCUAUCCACUUCUGUAAUUCAUUAAAACAUCUGCAUUUACAGUUACAACUGUCAAAACCACAAACGGGUGUCAUUCAUAUGAACUCUUCUUGUGAGUUCUGCAUUAGUUUAACUGUUGAUUAAUUGAAUUGUUCACUGAAGAUUAUUACAUUAGUUAAAUGUCAUUAAUUUAAAAAGGAUUCAGGCUGCCAGUCAAAGCCUCUCUGCUGCAGAUGUUGAGGUAAUUUUAAUAAAUUACUGCGGGUUAAAUGAAAACAUCAGUACUAUUUUUAGAUCUGUGUGUUAGACUGACAGUCAAGUUUCUGUUUGUUCUCUUUGGCGACACCUGUGACAAUAAGUGGGAAUUGCAGGCGUGUGUUUGAACAUCACCUAACAGACAUUGAAACGGUGUCUUCAGAUUAAUAUUUGGUAGAAAACCCCACUGCAAUGGCAGAUCCAUAACUGCAAGAGUCACUAACUGGACCUUGUACAUGAACGUCUCUACCCAGUUCAAAACACUUAAAUGUCAUUAUUUUGGAUGUAGUUUCAUCUAUGGGUCAAAUGGUUGACAAUUACUGUGACUCACUUACUCACUUAACUGGGGAUGGGCAGUGACAAACAAGCAGAGGUCUCAGAGGUUGCUACUUUAAAUGUAAGAACAGUGACACACAAGCCAACAGUCGGCUGUUUUCUGGUGUCAGGCUGUCGAUUAACAUCUGAGCCUAUGAAGGAAUGCUGAAUCUGCAGCAAAACAAGUCGGUGAGAGAGAUCUCUCUGAUUCAGAUCUAUUAGUUUAGAGAACCAGCACACGAGAAAAGAAACAGAAGUGCUGAAAAUAGACAAGACAGCAAAGUUAAAAUGACAUACAGAAGACUUGUACUAGAUGUACUAGAGGCUAGCUCCAUGUGACGGUUCGUAGCUCUUCCUACCUUUCUCCUCUCCCUGCUAAUUGGAGCUCCUCUGGUUACCCAAUUUGACUGACCAAUACAGACUGCUACCACCUUGUGGUAUGAAGACGUUUCUCCUUUAAAAAAUGUUGACCGUUGUCUUUGCGGUGUAACUUUGUAUUCCAGAUACAGGUGAGCUCCGAGGAUUUCACAGUAUUUCUUUGACGUCUGUUAAGUGUGUCCUUAUCUUAAGACACCAACGGCAUCUCAAACACUUUUUUUUUUGUUUGUUUUUUUUUGGAACAAUUCAUUGUUAUUCACACAGGAAAGCAUUGUAGAGAUUAAACCAAGAUUCCUAGAUUUUCUGUGAGGGGUUAGGCUGGAAAAAGGAAAGAGUUACAGUGGAAAAUCCUGCAAAAUGCUACAAAAUCUGAUGAGAUUUCUCCUUAAACAAAUGAUCAAAACAGUCUAUAAACAUACAAUUGCCAAGACAUAUUCUAAAACACCUGAGAGCUUAGCAGCAGCCAGAAGAUAGUGUUCAGUUUCUGAAACUAAGAGCAGGAGUUAAAACCAAAAGGUGCCUUAUCAGAAAGUUCUUUGACUGUACUGUGAACAGUGAUACAGGUAAAGGUGGUUGGACUGAACAACUGAACCAUCACAUCCAUGUGUUUCUUAGUUCUUGGGACUCAGUAACUAAUAAAGGUGAGGAAACAUCCUGCCUGAUGGAACACCAGUCACUUCUGCCAUAACCAGAUUUGUUUCCUUUUAUGUAACAUUUUUUGUUAGAGACACGUUCGGUUCUGUCAACACUAUGUCCUGAUUGCUGUUUCUGUUUAUUAUUCAGGACUGUUGCCUCCGACGCCGUAGACUGUACUGAUUCAUUUUCCAAUUGAAAGCAUUUUUAAAACACAGUGUGUCGUGUCUUUCUGUGGUAAACAUCCUGAUGCUGAUGCGUCGCCGCGGCACACGGACAAGCCAUCGCCUGUCCUCUGUUGCUUGUCUCUAUUGGUUCGGAUGUUGUUUUGGAAUUUAGUGCUUCGGUUCGCUCAUUGUGCUCCAUGUGAGUGCUUCCAUUCACCACUGACUAGCAGCACUGUUUCAGUUCUAAAAUGCUUCAAACUAUUCAAAAUAUUUAUCAUGCAAUUUUCUUAGACUUCUCUUUUCUUUUUUUGUACGAAUAAAUACUUAACAAUC